AUGCUUGACGCAACCCCCGCCUCCCAUGAUGCCGACCGUCUACAGUCAGCUGGCCGGCCGUUGUCAACUCAUGUACCACCUGGGCAAAUUUUGACGGGGAAGCAAGAGCACUAUCUGAAGCGCGAGUUGAUCGGCCGUCAAGUGCGCAACGAAAUUACCGAGCUGAACUCCCCUACUGCCCUCCACCGCUUCGGCGCUCCAUUCAAAUCGGAAUUCGGGGAGGUUGCCCCUGUGGAUUCUGAACUACCGAUUCUGCGAUACAUUUUUGUGCAUCAUGUGCGCAAGUUCCCUUUCCUCGAUCAGGCGCGUGAGAAGGAGUUUUGGCAGGAUAAGUUGCAGGUGGUAAGUAAUUUGCACCAAUUUGGGUUGUCUGCGGUAGCCGGAGACUCACUGCGACUGACUUAUUUCUUCAUGCAGUUCCUCGAGUCGUUCGCUAACAAGCAUGUAUCGUCCUCGGAAGACCGGUUGGAGGAGACCAAGCGCAGGAAGCUGGCGCGAAAAGCUGAAAAGCUUGUCGAGCUUAUGAUGGUAUCGGGAAUCCCUACGGCGUCGGGGUAUGAAGAGCGGAUAUCAUUUUCGGAGAUGGAGGUCGUCGAUCGCGGCGCGAACGAGAAGGGCCUUCUCGUGAAUAUGCCGGAGGGACAUGCGAUACACGGCUGGGAUGUCAACGUUGCAGCGGAGUUCAUCCUCCGCGUGCAGCGGGAAGGCAAGCCUGACAUCUUUGUGGCCAGGCGAUAUGGAGAAUUCGCAAAACUUUAUAGGAGACUGCGUACAGAGUUUCCGGGUAGAACAUUAGCACCUCUCCCGAGAAAAAAUAAGUCAUCAACAAGUACUAGCUUUUUUGGCUCGGCUGACGAUGAGGCGUCCUCUAUUUCCUCCGUGUCAACUCAAGAUACUAGCGAGGGGUACAUUGGUCGAACUCUGGCUCCGGGACCUCAUCACAGCCGUUCAUUGUCACGUUCCUCCAUGAAAUCAUCAAAGUCUGGGAGACUUUCAAGUGAGGGCCCGAGAGAGUGUGUGCUUUACCGGGAGGAGCAGCGCGUCUCUCUUCGAGCAUUUCUACGCACUUUGCUGCAGAACAAGCGAGUUUCCGAGUCAAAGGCGAUGGAGGAGUUUCUCACAGCAAACCCUGUCACCUUGAAUGAAGAGGAAUUAACCGAUGUAGAAAGAAGAAAAGCAGCGGACGCCAUCAGGAUCGAGGAGCAGAAGCAAUUCUACGAAAUUGCACGGCAGCGUGCGGCGGAGCUGGAUGUAUACAUGGAGCAAUUCCGCCGGGAUAUUGUGGAGAGCAAUGGUCUAACGAAAUUAUUCUCCGAGAUUCGUGAAAAGAACACGAUAGCGGACCUUAGCCCUCAGUACCAGAAAUUCGCUGAAUGGCUUCGAAUUGAGGUUGCGGCAACUCUCUAUCACGUAUUCCUGGCUGAGGACAACUCUCCAGAAAUGUUUGCGCAGUUCAAGAGGAUACAUUCUCUUGUCCCGUAUACUCUACUAAAGAAUGUCAUCCGCAUCGCCAAUCCUGCAGCUGUGAUGAGUGGUGUCCUAGAUCUUUUCCUCGCCCAGCCAUUUGGGUCACGGUCUCUACUACAGCGCAUCUUUUCCAUGGCUCUAAACGACGGCAUUAAGCAAUUUCAAAAGUCCAUUGACUCGCUGGCAGCCAAGGUUGAUGAUCCCGUUCUGACUGGAAAGCUAAAAGAGUUCACGCAUGCAGAUGAGAAUAUCAAGAAUGAAAUUAGGACAGAGGCUGCGACUGAAGAUGUGGAUUUGAUCGUUGCCAUUCUUCGAUCGGACCUCAUAGCACCUGAGCUCACUCCGGAACAGGUUGGAAAAGUGUUCAAUGCCUAUGUAGCGUGGAAUCAUGCGGUGGACAACGUGGAUCUUGAGAUGCAAGAAGGAGCUCAAUGGUUUGCAAACAUGAAGCAAUUGCUGAAGCUCUACACCCGACAACGCGACAAGGCAAUGAUACUCAGCAUCAUCGAGGAGCCUGUCACCCUUCAGUUGUUCCGCGAUCUCUUCACCAUUUUCUACGAGCCCCUAGUGCGCGUCUACAAAUCUGCGAAUGUGUACAGUAGCAUUACUGACUUUGCGCAAUUUGCCGAUGACGCCAUCGCUGUGAUUGAGAAAUGUCACAGGCAGGAUGUAUCGGCGGACCCUAACCAAACCGUCCAGGCCUUCAUCGAUCUAUGUGAAAGACACCAAGACAACUUCUACAAGUUCAUUCACGAAGUACACCUUCACGAUAAUGGCCUGUUUACAUCCCUCAUGGGUUGGAUUGAAGAUAUCCUUGAAUUCCUGCGCCACGGACCUCAAGGGGGUAAGCUUGACAUGAACGCCCUGUUCCACGGAGCCAAAGAUGUCGGGCAGAUUGAUGAGGCCAAGGCCAUCGAGGAGAUUAAUGCUUUGAUCAAGUGGCACGAGGAUCGCAAACGGUGGCACUUGAAUAAGACGCGACAGAAGAUGGCAGCUGAAGGCACUGGGAACGAAUCUUUCCCCGGAAACGCGACGUUCCGCGGCAGUGAUUUUGGCUUGGAUGAGGCCGACCUUGAAGAUCUCGCCAUUUCCGACGCGGAAUCCGAAGAGUCCGAGGAAAUGGAAGAGGACGACCUAGAUCCGAUCACCGCUGAGAGGAGACGCCGUGUCAAGAAACAGGAUCAGCUUCGCCGCACCGCAGGAGAACCAGUCAAGCCGGAAGUCCAGGAGAUCCUCAAGCUCUCGGAGUCUUUUAAUGCUAUCGAUACAGUCUACACCUGCCAGAAACCUCAACACAAGCGCUGCAACUUCUUUCUCUGGCAAAGCGACGCAGAUGCGCGGGAGAAACUAACCGUGCUUUCGAACUCGCGGACUGAGCCGUUCUCGGCCAACAAUACACCUACGAAACCAUCGGUGCAGGGAAGCGGCCUUCUCACGCCACAGACGGACACAAAGGUCCAGGAUGUCCGCGGGAUGAGCGUCAACCGCACGCCAACACCGUCGAAGAGCGGAAAGGCCAGAAUGAUGAUGGAGGAUACGGACGAGUUUAGCUGGGAUGAUUCGACGGACGCGGAGGAGCUGACCAAGUUGCUUGAGCCGCCUCCUCAGCCCGAUUUUGGACAGGAGGGGCCUCGCAAGGCGCCGCGGACUGAGAGCUUCAUGUCUCCUGGCAAGCGAAAGCUGUCGGACAUAGAAAAUGAUGGAAGACAGAGUACAGCCACGUUUACGCCUACAUCUAUCUUCUCGUCCCGCACGCAGACCCGGUUGCCGCCGGCGUCGGCGGAGGUCUCGAUGACGCCUACGCCGGGAAGGUAUAGAAAUGUGCUAUCUACGGAUGCGCGGGACGAUUUUUCUGAGUUAGGUCUUCAGGCUUUGAAGAUCCUUGAAAGUCACAAGGUGGUUGUGCCGAAACAGGCGCAGGACGAGUUGUUGGCACUGCUGAACAAGCAUGAUCUGAAGAUGAAGGGGAUUAUGCGCGGGCGGGACAUCUCGCGAAUUGCGCUGAAGAAGCAUGAAGAGACUAUUAUGAAGUUGAACGAGAGAAUUACGAGCCUGGAGUCACAGAGGGAAAUGGAUCGAGCUAUCAUUGAUGGGUUGAGGGGACGGUAA